AUGGCGCUGGCACUGUCCCUGCUGACCACCACUCUCCUGUGCCCAGCCACCGCCACGCUGCGUGUCGGUGCCUUCAACAUCCAGGCGUUUGGUGAUACCAAGAUGUCCAACGAGAGAGUGGCGGGCAUCAUUGUCAAUAUCCUGCGCCGCUACGACGUGGUGCUGGUGCAGGAGGUGCGCGACUCCGACCUCAGCGCGGUCACUGAGCUCAUGGAGCAGCUCAACAGUGUGUCCACGUCCACAUACGACUACGAGAUCAGCGGUCCCCUGGGACGGGACAACUACAAGGAGAUGUACCUCUUCAUCUACAGGACAGACACCGUGUCCGUGGUGGACACCUACCAAUAUGAGGAUCCCCAGGAUGUCUUCAGCCGGGAGCCGUUCAUCCUGAAGAUCUCAGUGCCCCACACCAAGGUGGAGGAGUUUGUGCUGGUGCCGCUGCAUUCUGCCCCGCACGAUGCUGUCGCCGAGAUUGAUGCGCUCUACGAUGUCUACCUGGCCAUCGUCAGCAAGUGGGGGACUGAUUCGGACUGCGCCUAUGACAGGGGAGUGAUCGUGGUGUGCGGAGCCAAGCUGAAGAGAAGCAUCGUGCCAAAUUCAGCUGCCAUCUACAAUUUCCAGCGUGCUUUCCAGCUGGAGCAGGAGGAGGCCCUGGCAGUCAGCGACCACUACCCGGUGGAGGUGAAGCUGACGGCUUGA